AUUUAACCCACAACACAGUGGUGACUAUUUAUAACGCACCGAGAGUGUCGUGUUUCCCAGUUUGUUCUUGGCCUAAGUUAGUUGCCACUCUCGCCAUGUUCUUCGUCUAAAACCUCUGCUCCACUAUUUCAACGUUUUUAUCCAUAGAUUUUGCCAUCUUUCUAUUGUUACUGGUAGUCAAGAUGUCUAACAUAUCCUACCAUAUCUCCAAUUUGUUGGAGAAAAUGACAUCUACAGACAAAGACUUUAGGUUCAUGGCCACCAAUGACCUGAUGAUGGAGCUUCAAAAGGAUUCCAUCAAGCUAGAUGAGGACAGCGAGAAGAAGGUUGUCACCAUGUUGCUGAAGCUAUUGGAAGAUAAGAAUGGAGAGGUUCAGAACCUGGCUGUAAAGUGUCUGGGUCCACUAGUGGUCAAGGUCAAGGAGUGCCAGGUGGAGACCAUGGUGGACAAGCUCUGCUCCAACAUGAUGUCAGAUAAGGAACAGCUCAGAGACAUCUCCAGUAUGGGCCUGAAGACCGUCAUUGCCGAGCUGCCCGCCUGCUCUUCAGCACUACAUAGAUCAACGCAUAGUUCUCCUGUUGGACCGGACUGCAGUCUAUCUCAGGGCUUUAUCCUGAAUAUGGGUCUGUCCCUGACGGCAAACAUCUGCAAGAAGAUCACAUCUCAACUGAUAGGAGCCAUUGGGAAACAGCAGGAUGUCUCUGUUCAACUGGAGGCGCUGGACAUCCUGUCAGACAUGUUGGGAAGGUUGAGUGGUACGCUGGUCAGCUUCCAUGCCUCCAUCCUGACCAGCCUCCUCCCACAGCUGACCAGCCCCCGUAUGGCUGUGAGGAAGAGGGCUAUCAUGGCCCUGGGUCACCUGGUACCCAGCUGCAGCACAGCUCUCUUUACCCAGCUCGCAGAGCACCUAAUGGCAGAGCUGGGCCGAGCGCAGCCGUCCUCCAAUACUCGCACCUACAUCCAGUGUCUAGCCAUGGUCAGCCGCCAGGGGGGACAUCGAGUCGGUGAACACCUGGAGAAGAUCAUCCCCAUGGUGGUGAAGUUCUGUAGUGUGGAGGAUGAUGAGCUCAGGGAGUACUGCUUCCAGGCCUUUGAAGCAUUCAUCCGCAGAUGCCCCAAGGAGAUGUCCCCUCAUGUUCCCAUGGUGAUCAAGCUGUGUCUUAAGUACAUGACCUAUGACCCUAACUACAACUAUGAUGUAGAUGAGGACCAGGAGGUGGAUGAGUCCAUGGACACAGAGGAUUGGGUGGAUGAGGAUCAAGAGUCAGAUGACGAGUACAGUGACGAUGAUGACAUGAGUUGGAAGGUGCGGCGUUCAUCUGUCAAGUGUCUGGAAGCAGUGAUCAGCACCAGGAGAGACCUGCUGGUGGAGCUCUAUGGCUCCGUGGCUCCAGUCCUGCUGGCCCGGUUCAAAGAAAGGGAGGAGAACGUCAAGGCAGAUAUAUUUGUGGCGUUUGUAGCCUUACUGAAACAGACCAGGCCUGUUCAGGGACUCAACAUCACAGCGUCAGAGCCUGGAGACAAAGAAGACCCUUCCAUUACACUGCUGAAAAAACAGGUCCCUACAGUAGUGAAGGCCCUCCACAAACAGCUGAAGGAGAAAAGCAUGAAGUCUAGACAGGGCUGCUUCAGUCUGUUGACUGAGCUGGCUAAGGUACUGCCAGGAGACCUGGGAGAACACAUUCCAGCUCUUAUCCCAGGUAUCAUUUACUCCCUCACAGACAAGUCUUCCUCAUCCAACAUGAAGAUCGACGCCCUCUCCUUCCUCCACGUUCUUCUAUGCAGCCACCCACCUGGGGUCUUCCAACAGCACAUCAAGGUGUUCCUUCCCCCAGUCAUUCAGUGUGUGGAGGACCCCUUCUAUAAGAUCACGUCUGAGGCCCUGCUGGUCACCCAGCAGAUGGUUAGGAUCAUGCGCCCAUUAGAAGACACCUCUACAGUCCCCACCUCUACGUUUGAUGUCAAGCCCUACGUGAAGGACGUGUUUGCCGGGACCCUGAAGAGGCUUAAGGCAACAGACAUAGACCAGGAAGUGAAGGAGAGGGCCAUUUCUUGUAUGGGCCACAUUGUGAGUCACCUCGGAGACCUACUCGGCAGUGACCUUCAGCCAACCCUACAGAUCUUCCUGGAGAGACUGAAGAAUGAGAUCACCAGGUUGACUGCAGUGAAAACCCUGACCCUCAUCGCAGCGUCUGCCCUAAGGAUUGACCUACGACCUUUGCUCGCUGAGGGCAUCCCCAUCCUUGGCUCCUUCCUGAGGAAGAACCAGCGCGCCCUGAAGCUGAGCACACUGAGCGCGCUCAAUGUGAUCGUGUUGAAGUACAGUGACAGCUUGAAGCCAGACAUGAUUGAGUCCAUGCUCAAUGAGCUACCAGGGCUGAUCGAGGAGAGUGACAUGCACAUAUCCCAGAUGGCCGUAAUGCUGCUCACGUCUUUAGCAAAAGGGUGCCCAGCCAGCCUGGUGAAGAUUGGGAACACAGCCCUACCUGGUGUGUUCCACUUAGUUCAUUCUCCUCUACUGCAGGGAGGGGCUCUCUCUGCCAUCUUGGACCUUCUCCAAGUCCUGGUGGUCACCAAGACUGGGAAUAUGGGAUACAAUGAUCUCCUGAAAGCUCUCAUGGGCCCCUUCCAUGGGUCAGGAAAGGCUGCAGACCCCACACCCAUACACAGACAAUCCUACUAUUCUGUAGCCAGGUGUGUGGCUGCUCUCUCCUCUGUGUGCCCUAAAGAAGCUUCCGGAAUGGUCACCAGCUUCAUCCAGGAAGUGAAGAACCCCAAGACUCCUGAGCCAGUCAGAAUCCUAUCUUUCCUGUCUCUGGGGGAGGUGGGGCGCAACAUGAACCUGGGGGGUCAGAAAGAGCUAAAAACUGUUAUCCUGGAGGCCUUCUCAUCUCCUAACGAGGAGGUGAAGUCAGCAGCCUCCUGCGCCCUUGGUAACAUCUGCGUGGGGAACCUGGAGGAGUACCUUCCUUUCAUGUUGAAAGAGAUAGGCAGCCAGCCGAGGAGACAGUACCUGCUGUUACACAGCCUCAAAGAAGUGAUCAGUGCCUGCUCAUCGCAGAGUUUGUUAACCCACAUGGAGGAUAUCUGGGCUCUCCUCUUUAAGAACUGUGAGUGUGCCGAGGAGGGGACGAGGAACGUGGUGGCAGAGUGUCUGGGGAAACUCACCAUGGUAAACCCCAGUCAGCUUCUGCCCAGGCUCAAACAGAAGCUGUCCUCUGGUUCCCCUCUGGCUCGCAGUACUGUGGUCACUGCUGUCAAGUUCACCAUCGUAGAUCAGCCAGUUCCAAUAGAUUCACUACUGAAAGGAUGCAUAGGCGAUUUUCUAAAGACUCUACAGGACAAAGACCCAAAUGUCCGUCGCGUGGCAUUGGUGAUGUUCAACUCUGCUGCCCACAACAAACCUUCUCUGAUCCAUAGCCAGCUGGCCUCUGUCCUCCCCAGCCUCUACAAGGAGACACAGAUCAGGAAAGACCUCAUCAGAGAGGUGGAAAUGGGGCCGUUCAAGCACACCGUAGAUGAUGGCCUGGAUGUACGGAAGGCGGCUUUUGAGUGCAUGUACACCCUACUGGACAACUGUCUGGACAGCCUCGACAUCUCUGAGUUCCUCAACCACGUAGAGGAGGGUCUGAAGGACCACUACGACAUCAGAAUGUUGACUUUCAUCAUGCUGGCCCGACUCUCCUCUCUAUGUCCCAAUGCUGUGGUCCAGAGAUUAGACCGCCUGGUGGAACCACUCAGAGCCACCUGUACCACCAGGGUGAAGGCGGGGUCAGUGAAGCAGGAGUUUGAGAAGCAGGAGGAGCUGCGUCGCUCAGCAAUGAGGGCUGUGGCGGCUCUACUGUCCAUCAGUGAGGUGGAGAAGAGCCCAGCCAUGGCCGACUUCGCCAACCAGAUCCGCACCAACGCGGAGAUGGCCUCCAUCUUUCAAAGCAUCCAAGGAGAUGCUCUGUCCAGUACAGUGGAAAGCAUGGACACCAGCUAAAUACACCGACCGCAAGGGAAACUCCAGAAUAAUUUCUUUAAAUUCUCUUUUUUUUUUAACUGAAGUGCCCAACCUUUUUGGCUCGAUUCCACAGACCUUGAUAUGUAAAACUAACCGAAAUAUAAAACUAACCAUUACAAUGGAGUCCGUUUGCAGAUGUAAAUGUCUGUGUAGCCUUCUCAGAUGUUGUCUGCCUUAAUGACAGUUGAAAAAUGUGCCUUCUCCCCAUUCAGGUAAAACUAUUAAAAUGACUUUUUAAAGCCA